AUGACCAACGACACCGUCCUGCUGCCGGAAGACUAUGAGAUCAACAAAUCCGAGCAGCUCAGCCCCCUGGCGCUGGUCCUCCACAACCACAGCGCGUUCCCGCCGCUGAACCUGCAGUCCAGCUCCCUGGUCACCUCGGCCACUAUGUUCGCGGUGGGGGUCCUGGGGAACGUCAUAGCCAUCGUGGUGUUGUGCAUCUCCAAGAAAGAGCAGAAGGAGACCAUCUUCUACACGCUGGUGUGCGGCAUGGCCGUCACCGACCUGCUGGGGACGUGCUUCACCAGCCCGGUGGUGAUCGCCACCUACGUAGCCGGACGGUGGCCGGGCGGGGUCCUGCUGUGCGACUACUUCUCCUUCUCCAUGCUGUUCUUCGGCUCGGCCGGGAUGUCCAUCAUGUGCGCCAUGGCCGUGGAGCGCUACCUGGCCAUCAGCCACGCGUACUUCUACUCGCAGCACAUAGACCGUUCCAUGGCGCGCCUCGCGCUCAUCGCCAUCUACCUGGCCAACAUCACGCUGUGUGUCAUGCCCAGUUUCGGGUUUGGAAGGCAUGUCCGUCACUACCCGGGGACUUGGUGUUUUCUGGACUGGAGGGCGACGGAUCCACUGGGUGCGUCUUACUCAUUUCUCUACGGCGGCGUAAUGUUGGUUUUAAUCGCCGUGACCGUUUUGUGCAAUUAUGCCGUGUGCAGGUCGCUGGUGGGGAUGAACCAGAGGUACACAAGGACAGUCAAGACGGAGGCGUCCAUGCGCAGCGGGGCGCGGCGCCGCUUCCCCCGCAUGCCAUCGGUCACCUCCGCCGCGGAGAUGCAGAUGCUCUGGCUUCUCAUCCUGAUGACGAUUGUAUUCCUCGUCUGUUCCAUCCCCUUUGUGGUGCGCAUCUUUGUGAACCAGCUGUACGGUCCUGCUUAUAUCUCCGCUGCAGGGAGUGAUCUGCUUGCGAUCCGCUUUGCCUCAUUCAACCCUAUUCUAGACCCAUGGGUGUACAUUCUAUGCCGGAAGAAUUUGUUGGUGAAGGGCUGUGAGAGGUUGAAGCGGACAGUGGGACAUGUCAAGGAGGACCGCGUCCACUCGGCGGGCUGGGUGGGACAAAACUCGCCCCAGUUGUUUGACCACAGCAACGACACCAGCUACGCGUCAUUACGCACGGCAUUACGCACGGCCAAGGUUCGGAAGCCCGCGGAGGACCAGGCGUCUGACGACAGAGGAACCUCCUUCACCGACUUCACCACCAGGCAGGCUUGGGACUACGACACCGCCCGGGCCGACUACCAUCCGUUCAGCGUGGAGCAUUCAGCCGUGACCUCCGUGGAGGGAGAGAUGGCGGCAGCAAUGGUUCCCAAACCCACCGUGUCUGCCCCUGACGAUCGCAUCGGUGGGGCGCUACAGGCCGUGUGCUCCGUGGAGUCCCUCCAUCAGUGCGCGCUCACGAGGAAAGUGGACAUUGUCACGUGCACCUUCGGCACACCCAGCUCCACUCUGUCGGUCAAAUGCAUUUAA